UAUUUAAUGGUGCAGUGUUUCGUAGCGUUUCGUAGUGGACGAAACUUUAUAUAAAAUCCCGUGAAUGUCUAUCAGUUUUUUUUCCUAUUCCAUUGUUGAAAUAAACGUUCGAACUAGUGUGUUGUGUCAUUUAUAAACGCGUUUAAUUCAGCUUAAUUAUUACGAAUAAAUAUGCCAAAAAAUAUUGUUAUCGGAUGUGUUGUAACCAUGUAUUCGAGUUAUAAAAUCACGGCGGAAAAUGAAACGUAUUUGCCCAUUCUGUAAAAUUGAAGAAAUUAUAGAAUUGUCACAAUAUGCUGUUUUCAAUUAUGUUGAUUAUCACGACAUUGUUAAAAGAAUAAGAAUAGAAGUCAGAUACUGAUCUAAACGAGACCUACUGUGACCAGAAUUAUAAAAUAUUAAUCUUUUAAAUUAAAUAAUAUUUAGUAUAUAAACAUUUGCAUAUUGCGAUAGAAAGUAGUAUACAUAUAUAUCAGAUUGAGAAAGCAUUCGUUAUUGAAGACAACUUCAAAAUGGCACCCGUACCUUUAGAAGGUCAUCAGACUCCUGUUACAAAUAAUAUACCUCAAGAGGGUAAUCGUGGAGGAUCUAUCUCCUUAGGCAUGCUCAUAGAUUUUAUAAUACAACGAACAUAUCAUGAACUCACUGUGCUCGCUGAACUAUUACCUCGUAAAACAGAUAUGGAACGCAAAAUUGAAAUUUAUAAUUUUUCUGCUCGGACAAGACAGUUGUAUGUUCGUUUAUUAGCAUUAGUAAAAUGGGCAAAUAGUGCAUCUAAAGUGGAUAAAUCUACACAUAUUAUGGCAUUUUUGGAUAAACAAUCAUUGCUCUUUGUUGAUACUGCGGAUAUGCUGGCAAGAAUGGCUCGUGAAACUUUGGUGCACGCUAGACUUCCAAAUUUUCAUAUCCCUGCAGCUGUAGAAGUACUUACCACUGGCACCUAUGGUAGAUUACCAGCCUGCAUUAGAGAAAGAAUAGUGCCUCCAGAUCCUAUUACAGCUGCAGAAAAAAGAACCACAUUGCAAAGGUUGAAUCAAGUCAUUCAACAUAGAUUGGUCACUGGAAAUUUAUUGCCACAGAUGCGCAAUUUAAAGAUUGAAGCAGGAAGAGUGACGUUUCUUGUAGAGCAAGAGUUUUCAGUAUCUCUUACAGUUAUGAGCGAUGGGCCAACAGUCCCAUGGAGAUUGUUAGAAUUGGAGAUUUUGGUUUCGGAUAGGGAAACUGGAGAUGGAAAGGCAUUAGUGCAUCCCUUGCAAACUCGAUACGUACAUCAGGUUAUUCAAUCACGAUUGGCUGAAAGUAGCAAUCCAUUGUCAGAAGUGUAUUUUGUUUUGCAUUACUUUUGCCAAUCAUUACAACUAGAAGUAUUAUUUUCUCAGACAUUAAGGCUAAUUCAGGAUAGAUUAGAUGAUCAUAUUCACGUAGAUGAAUAUAUACCUGGCAAAUGUCUCUCUGUAUCUUAUUGGAGGGAAUUAACGAGUAAAGAUCCACGAUCAGAGCUUGGAUACAAAUUGACCAUUCAAGUAGAUCAACAUGAUCCUGCGAGGCCUCUUGCAGUUGUACAUAUUCCGUCGUUGGGUAGUAAGGAAAGCGAAAUAGCACAUAGAGCUAUUAGAUCGGAUCAGUUAUCAAUGGAAUGUUUACUUGUACAUACGAUUUAUAUUCGAACGCGAAGUCGUCUAUCCGAAUUGAAACAAGAGUUACAAACAAUGUUAAAGGACGUUGAAUGUACCUUAGCAGGAUCUCCAGCUAUUUUGUCAGUACCGAUAUUACAGCCGUGUUUACGUGCUGAACUUUUAUUAAUCACAGUUGAUACUCAUACUGGUAUGCUACAGUGUCAUGUCCCUCAAUAUGAUGCGCCUCUUGUACCAGAGUUGACGGCGGCUCUGAAUGGGGAUCAUUCGCGUCUUCCGACACUUAUAUCUGAAUUGAGAUUUUGGAUAACACAAAGGCGUUGCGAGAAAACAUUGCAGCAUUUAGCUGCUACCCCUCAUGAACGUUUGCCUGUCUUACAUCAUCCAGAUCACCCUAUGUCUAAGAUUAGUAGGCAUCGCAUGUUUGUACAAUUGCAUAGACAUCCUAAUGUUAUACUGAUUGUUGCAUUCAAAGAAAAAGAAAACUCGCCGUGUGAAAUAGAAUGUUCCUUCUAUCUUGCUGUAGUGAAGCAUAGUUCUAUCGAAGAUGAUCCACACGAUGAUAGUAUAGAAACGGAAAUACCGAAAAUGUAUUUAAAAGUUCAGAGUCUUAUUGAAUUUGAUACUUUUGUCAUUACACACGGCCCAUUUACAAGUGUCGACAGUGGGAAUAAUGAUCAAGAUGGGGGGUGCAUUACAGAAGUGGUGGAGACGACGACGAGCAACAAACGUAGAAGCACUGGGGUCGGAGGAAGGACAGACGCGGUGGGAACAUCACAGAAUAGAAGAGCAAAACAUCCGGCUUACUUCAUUCCGGAAUUGGCGCAUGUUGUCGCUCUGUGCGACGAGCGGAUACCAUUCGUAACUCUAGCCCAAGAACUUACCAGACGAGAGAUAGCCCAUCAAGGGCUACAGGUAGAAGCAAAUGCCACAGCAUUAGUACUAAAACUUGUUCAAUUACCUGCGCCAUCGCCGACUAUCGCUACAAGCAGUGCUUGGCACGCUCUUCUCAAAAGGCUGCUGAGUGUUUCGAUUAGAGUUCAAGGCAAAGGCAUGGCUAAAACUUGGAUGGUGGAAUUUGUAUUUUUCGGUAGUCCUCUCUCCAGUAAUCAUCCCAAGGAACAAGGUGUGCGAAGACCAGUCUACUUUCAAUAUGAAAUGGGAACAGCCGAUACCGUCUCUCGCACUGUAGAUGCCUUAUUAAAUGAUUGGGCACAAAUAGUGUAUUUAUAUUCACUUGUUCAUGAUUUAGCUGAAUAUUUCAAAAUGGAGAAGUACAAUUUACGCAACAUGGUUAGCAUUAAGUCUUAUAGUUAUAGCAAGCUAGUUCUUGCAUAUGGUCCAAAUCAUGCUGCAAUUGUAACUGUACAAUGGAAUGAUAAAGCAAAUUUUAAACUGGUAUUUGGUAGAAGUCCAACCAAUACAGUGACCAAUGCGCAUUCUGUAAUGAAGGAACAGCUAGAAGCCCAUUUAAAUAGACACAAGAAUUUGGCACAAAUUAUUCAUAUACUUAACGAAACGCUUCAGCCUCUUACGUCGAUCAGUAAAUUACCGACAAUUCCUCAGUUAUGCGUGCAUGCGGUAAGUGCACGCGCGUAUCUGCCUUUUUUUGGUUCAGACUUACGGAUAAAUUCCUCUCUACAGAGACCACGAGUGCCAGUACAAACGUUUACUAUAAUGCCACAAUGUGUCACUUUAGUAAAGAUAGCGUAUCAAGGCAUGUACUGUUUGGAAUUGCGUCUACGCGGCGGAGGUUUGGUGAGUUUACGUGACGGUGCUUAUAGUCAUUUCGACAAAAGUAACGUCGUCGACGAGUUUACACCUACGCAAGGUUUAAAGGCAUUUCUGUCGAAAUACGUCGACGAAAACGCGGUAUUUAGAAGAAGAUCUCAAUCGGAGGAUGAUAAUCCACCGUCCCCCGUCACUAUGGAUAGCGAUGGUGGUGGAGGUAACGUAGGAGGCUUUUUGGGACAUCACAGAAGCGGACCGCAAUCGCCCGCGCAACAGCGUGAGGGUUUAAGAUUUCAUCCGCCGCUUACACCACCAUCCGGCAGUAAUCCUCACACACCGGCCAGUCCUCAUACUACAAAUAUAUCCCAGGCCAGUCAACAUCAAAGUUUCGGAAGCAGUCCCGCAACAUCGUUUAAUUUAGCGUCCCCGCCAUCGUUACCACCGAAUACACCUAACAUGUUACCGCACCCGUCUCCCGGAUCGGGACUCGUUGCAAACAGUCCUCUAAAUCCGAUGCACGUUCCUAGUCCGGCUGGUCUCAUGCCAACCUCGUCGCCAGGACCUUGUAGUAAUGUUCAAGUAGGACAUUCCCCCGCUGGUUCAUUUAUGCAAACAGGUCAUAUCGACGGUAGUCCUUUCCCGUCUUCUCAAAGUAUGGCUUCACCAGCUGCUUCCAAUUGGCCUGGAUCCCCGAGCGUACCAAGACCAUCCCCUGCGAGACCUGGGCAAAGUCCGAGUCACGUAGCACUGCAUAGUCCACAAGCCUCCGAUCACAAGACCGGUAGUCAUAUGUCCAGAGUAUUACCGCCAAGAUCUUGGGCUGGUGCCGUACCGACGCUUCUCACGCAUGAAGCGCUAGAAUCACUUUGUUGCGCCUCGCCCCAUCCGUCCGGUUUACCUGGUCCGGAUAUGUCGCCGCUCGAAAGAUUUCUGGGUUGCGUCUACAUGAGAAGACAAUUGCAACGCUUUAUCCAGACAGACGAUUGCGUAACUGGUAUCAAUAGCACUGAACCAGGCGUAGUACAUUUUAAAGUCGAAAGCUUACAAUGUAGAGUUGGAUUAAAUCCGCAAUAUUUCCAAUCUCUUCAUAUUAAAGUGCAACCACUUCCAGAGUACAAAGAUCAGUGGAGCCUGGAAGAAUUACAAAUUAUAGAAAAAUUCUUUGAUACACGAGUCGCCGCCCCGCCUUAUAAACACAACACACUAUCUGGCUUCGGAAGGAUGCUUAAUAUACGAUUCAAGGUAUUGAAAGACUUUGUGCAAAUAAUGAAGCUAGAGUUGGUUCCUGGUCUUGUACAGCAACAGCAGUUGAAGUGGUCCGUGCAACUGUGCUUGCGUAUUCCACCUUCUACCGGACAGAUAGUGCCCCCGGGAUCAGAGGGAGUGCAUGUUUGCAGGAGCAAAAUUUUAUUCUUUUUGCAACUUACGAGAAUAGGUAUGUCGUAUCCAGGAGAAACAUCCUUCGUACUACCAUUUGUAUACGACGUCACCACGAAUUUAACGCAACUGGCUGAAAGAAGAGAUCUUAGUCCGGCGAUUACGGCAGCGUCCAUGCAGCUAAAGAGAUUCGCCGAGUACGGCGCGAAUCAGUCGGAAUGUUCACUGUUCCCCGCUGUAAGGGAUCUUUUAGCUAAUUUCACGCUACCAUCGGAACCGUCAGUUAUAUCACAGGUUGUGGCAUCUCCCGCCGGAAAUCAGGUACCUCCCACACAGCAGAUCCAGAACGCAGCGAUGCAAAUGCAUUCGCCUAUGGCUGGCGGCCAAGGACCACCGCAGGGACCAUACGGCAUCCAGAGCAUGCCACCGAUGGGCAUGAUGGGCGGCCCGCCUCAAUAGGACUUGCUUUACUCUCCUAAUCCCCUUUGUCUGCCGAAUCAUCCGACGUGGACGAAUUAAGAAUGUAAACUUCGAUCCUAAUAGAGGACGCGCGCGUUUAUUCCAUCACGAGCAGAUUUACAUUUUAUGGGGAAGAUUUUAGGAGAGACAGAUAACUAUACGUUUGCCACAUUCGAAACGAGAAAGAUAGAGAUAAAUAAUCAACAAAAAGAAAAAGAAAAUCAUUGAGCCGUUCUAUAAAUAAUCUGACAUUUCUGAGAUCGCUACUGCAAAUAUACAUUGCAUAUCUUAUCAUAACAGCUAACAAUCGACCAUGUACAUAUACUAUUUGUGACAAGUAUAAAAUGCUAGAAAGAAUGUAUAAAUUGUAUUAUAUGAUAACUAAGAAGAUUUAAUGGUACUAUUUGCCAAUGAAAAUUUCUUUCUAUUUACAUUCUGCUUGUCAUUAGCUGGUAUCCUUCAUUGAAAAUUAUCUGUACGCAAGUAGAAAGUACAAAUCUGUUGCUGAGAUAAAUAUCUUUGUAACAUAUAAAUAGUCUGGUAUAUCAAUAUGAAUGUGAAAGAGUGAAAUUUACAACAUUGUUGCAUAAUAAAAACAUUAUUCGCAAAAAUAUAGAUGUAAAAAUGUUCAUAAAUGUACGUUUAUUAAAUGUACCAAGGACAAGAUGUAUUAUAUGCCUCUUGAAAUAUAGUUUGUGAACACAAUUCUAUUUUUUUAAUGAAUAUGUUUAAUAUUAUUUUACAAAUAAAUGUGUAGAAAUCUAAAUGUUUAUACAAAAGAUAUGAAAUCAAUUCUUAAAUGUAUAACCUUAUAUACAUGCUCAUCUAUCUGCUAGUACAUAGAUUUCGCAAAGAAUCUAUUCUUUUGACAUUUUAUUAUCUCCACGAUCAUUGCUGGAAUGAAUCGAUAAAAUAAAACAAUUUGAACAAACAUUACUUACAUAUUUUAUCUGGGAUUUAUGAAUAAUAUAAAAUUUUUAUUUUGGUUCUGUGUGUACAGCUCUUUUUUUUUUUUACAAAAAACAUGUAAUACUCUUAACAAAAAUCAAUCGUACUAUAUUCUUAAUAUAUGCAAUUGUACAGUACUCAUACAGUUAAUAAUAAUAUAUUGGAAUACAACUGUAUAUCGAUAAUCGCAUCUCAAAUAUAUACACUUUUAGGUCAGGUAUCAGUCUCUGUAUAUAAAAUUUGAAUACAUCUUGAUACAACUAUUUCAUGAUAAUUCUGAAUUGUAUCGAAACAGAAAUGAAUAUACCUACUAAAAAUCUUAAACUUUGAACUUAAACUAAGCAAUAUCAUGCAUUCUUGGCCGUGUCUGUGUUGUUUUGUCAUUUUUUUCAAUCUUAUCACUGUAACAUCUCACAUAAUCUUUCAAAAAUAACUCUCUGCAAUAUAGCUCUUAUCUGUAUCUUUAGUACCGAAAAGAUACUUGUUUAAUGUAGAUUAUCAUAUUAAUUUAUACGAGACUAUCGUAGCAUACAACUACAACACGCGCUUUAUUCAUUAUUUUAUCGCAACUCCAGAAUAAACACAUUAAUCUUGACUCGACUUCCACAAAUUCCACACAAGAUUCUAAACUGGUGUCUUAGGCUUCAUGUUUUUUUCACAUCGUUAUUUUUUGUUGAUUUUAAAUAGCUUUUCUGAAAUUUAUACAUUUAUAUCAUGGAAUUACAUAUUAGACAGCUUUAUAAGAAUCAGGUUAUCAAUAUUGCAAUUUAUCCCUAUCUAAUUUCAGCGAUUUUAAUUUCCAAAUAUAAAUGCAAGCCCAUGUAUGUGCUAUAUGAAUGUCAGGAAACGAGAGAUUUUGAGAAUAGAUAUUUAAAAAUAUUUUCAUUUUUUAAUUUUUUUCCGCAGCGUAAAAUGAUAAAGAGAGAGUGAAUUCCUCUUAGAUUAUUACUUGUAAUAUCGGUAUUUACGUACAGAUCAAAUUGCAAUAAAAAGAACCUUUACAUUAUUUUAAUAUACUCGACAGACACAUUCUCUAUGCGAACGUUUAAAAAUAAAUAUAAAUAUUUUUAUAGUGCACAUUGCAUGCAAAAAACGUGUUCUUGAUCUCUAAAUUAAACUGCACAUUGUCAGAAAAACAAGCAUUUUACUGUGUAUUAUAUUUUUAAACUAACAACUAACGAGUUUUAUAUGAGAGUUUCAAUCCUCCAAUUAGCCUGUGUGAAUCUCGCGUAAUGUAUUUACGCGAGCAUACAAUCAUAGCUAAGACAUCGUUAAUUAUACAUUACAUGAUUUACAAGUAUAUGUAUGGUAAAAUAUUUUUUGAUACAUAUGAUAUAUUUUUUUUUAAGUUCAAGAUGCUCUCUCUCGCGCGUGUCAGAGGUAAAAGGAGGUUUGAUUGUUAUUCCUCUAUUAGGAACACAGUGAUGUGCAGCACAUUUUCAUACAGGACAAUUGACAAAGAAAAGAGAAUAAACGUUCGAAUAUAAAUGCUUAUGAUACUCUGACUUUUGUGAUGCUCACAAAAUCUGAAUGUAUGUAAAUCUGAAUGUAUGCUUCUCCCGAUCUAUACUAUCAGCAAUGAUACGCCAUUUUUCUCCGCGUUUCUCAUAGAAAUAUUUAUAUCUGAUAUAUUUAUAUCUGACAAUCUCAUUUUUUUUUUUUUUUUUAAUCAGGUACAUGAGAAAAAUACAAGGCUAGAAGUAUAUAUCAGGAUGAAAUCAGUAUCAAUAUAAACACGAGAUCUUUACUAUGAAUCUGUUACAGAAUUUGUACGCAUAUAUAUUUUUUUUUUU